GAGUUUCCAUGAGGCGGAGGCAGUCUCUUUCUCUCUCUCUUUCAGAGGCAGUCUUUGAGAGACUGUGAGGCAGACAGAUGUCACGCAACCUGUUGUUUGUCCAGAUGCAUUGGCAACUCUUGGCUGUACUCUCCCUGUUUUGUCAGACGCUUAUAUUGACAUUAGCUGCGAGAAAACGAAGUGACAGCUGGCGACAGGACUGCAGGAGCUGUCUGGAGUGUUCGAAGGAAAACGGUUGUCUGCGCUGCUCUGAACGGCUCUUCCUCUUCCUCAACAGAGAUGGCAUGAGUCACCAUGGCUCUUGUCUUCACUCCUGUCCCUCUGGACAUUUCGGCCUCCGAGGGAAAGACAUCAACCGCUGUAUAAAAUGCAAAGCUCCAGAGUGUGAUAGGUGUUUCAACAAAGACUUUUGCACCAAAUGUAAAGGUGGACAUCAGCUCUUCAAAGGCAAAUGCUUCAAAAACUGCCCCGAAGGCACAUUUCCCCAGUCCACAGACUGUGUUGAAGCAUGCAUGUUCAGUCUCAUUGGUUUCUGGGGUGAAUGGAGCUCUUGUCAACACAAUGGCCUGAGCUGUGGUGUCAGAUGGGGGCAACAGAGCAGAAAACGCGAGCUGUCCAGUAAAAUGCAGAAAGAGACAGAGACACUGUGUCCACCUCAGACUGAGAGCAGAAAGUGCCGCAUGAGGAAGAGGUGCCCGAAAGAUAAAAGGAAAGAUGAAAGGAGAGAAGAAAGAAGAAAGGCACAGAAAAAUUUCAGUAACAGAACAAUCACGGACCCACCAUGGGGAACGUAAGAUUCUGGGAAGAUCAAGCAGGAUGAGGAGACAGUCGCUCAUGUUAUGUUUUCUUAAUUGAUAAUAUGAAAAAAACAAUUUUUACAAGCUAUUUUUAUAUUUUUUGUAUAAAUGUAUGUUAAUUGUAACAUUCCUACUUUAGAAAUCAGGAUAUGACCUGUAACAUGAGUUUACACAUCCAUUGAAAAAUCUUUUUUCUAUAUUAAGUUUUGUUUACAUUACUAAGGCACAUCUUGACCUGCAUUCUUUUUGACAAGUUGGGGAGGGUUUUACCCAACACUAUUACAUGACAUAAAGAGAUAGUUCACCCAAAAAUUUAACUUCUGUAAUCUUUUACUCACCCUCAUGUUGUUCCAAAGCCAUAUUAUUUUCUUUCUUCAGUGGAACGCAAAAGGAGAUGUUAGGCGAUAUGUUACUUUCAGUCACCAUUCACAUUCAUUGCAUAUUUUUUUUCCAAUCAAUAAAACUGAACGGUCUGCAUUUGUGUUACAUGAGAGUAAGUAAAACUAAGCAUUUUCUUUUUUGGGUGAAUUAUCCCUUUAAACCCACAGUACAGUUAGAUUUAACAAAGACAAGAUGCAUGUCGGGCUAUGACAAUGUACAUUUCUGUUAGAUGAAUAACAGACAGACAGCGUCAAUCUCUUGUUAAGUGGUUUGGGCUGUAUCUCUGCAGCUUUCUGUACAUGCUUAGGGCAUAUUGUGCUACUUUGUGUUUUCCAGCCACAUGCUCUCCCUGUAUUUGCACUUCUUCACUAUAACUGCAUUAGUGAAAAAACAAAAAAAAAAAACAGUGUAAAGUUGUGUAAAUGCCCUUGCAGUCCAUUUAUUCAGUCUCCUAUAACAUUUAGAGACUGUGGAAUCGAGCCAUGCGAUUAGGUUCUGACCUGUCAUGUAACCCAAUGAGCACAGAUUUGUUCCUUAAUUUGCAUAAAGGUAUCUAACUGUAAUGAUAAAUUAAUGUGUUUCGUCACUGGUUGCUGUAAGUUAACAUGCCGAUAUUGUGCAUACUUAGUUUAGUGAGCUGAAUUUCAAGAGUAAUACUUGAUUAUUUUCUUAGACCCUCAUAUGUACAAAUAAACUCAGGAUCAUUGAUCACUCUUUUCUUUACAACUGAUUAUUGUCCCCCUGUGAAAACCGAAAUGUUCUACAAAAUGUUGCUUUUGUUUUUAGAUUUUACUGAUUUGGACGUGAUUUUUUUGCGCUUUCUAUGUGUUGAUUUUCACAGUAUUCUCUCAGGCUGUUGAAUUGUGUUUAUUGGAUAAAUCAUUGUAAUGCAGAAAUGAUUAGCCACAAAUGGACAGUUUUGAAAGUGAUAUAAAAGAGAAAAGGGUAUUUUGUGUUAUUAAACAAAGAAAUCGUGUUUUGAGAAUAAAUAGCUUUU